AUGGUUAUCUAUUAUUUUACACGUGAUUGGUCCUUAACAAUGUGGAUAUUAACUAUAUAUGUAAUGCCAUUCUUAUGUUAUUAUUGGUGUAUACCAGAAUCAGCUCGUUGGCUUGUAUCAACAGGACAUUUAUUACAAGCUCGAAAAGUUCUUCAUCGUAUUGCAUAUGUAAAUCGUCGUACAUUAGCUAAUUCGGAAAAAAAACUUUAUGAUGAUUUACAACGUGAUGCUCGUAAACGUCCAAAACGUUAUUCAUAUAUACAUGUUUUAAUUAGUUUAAUAAAAUCUCCUGUUAUGCGUCAACGUUGUUUAAUUGUAUUUUAUAUAAUGAUGACAAAUUUAAUGGUUUAUCUUGGUAUUGGUAUGGGUAUAACAACAUUAACAAAUGAUCGUCCAUAUGAAAUAUUUCUUUUUUCAAUAUUUGCUGAAUUAUUUGGUCUUUGUUUAUGUCAUUUUUGUGCAACAAAAUUUGAUAGAAAAAUUCCAUUAAUAAUUUUUUUUACUUUAUGUUCUCUAUCAAUAUUAACAAUACCAAUAACACAUAAAAAUUAUCCAUUAAUUAGUUUAUCAUCAGCAUUAUGUGCAAAAUUAUUUAUAUCAGCAUCACAAGCAUUAUCAUGGAUAUAUACAUCAGAAACAUAUCCAACUGUUAUACGUUCAACUGGUGUUGGUCUUACAGUUAGUAUUGCAAGACUUGGUGGUGUAUGGGCACCACAAAUAUCUUUAUUAUCACAAUCUGUUUGGUUUCCAUUACCAUAUAUUAUAUUUAGUAUAUGUUCAUUUAUUGCAGCAUUUUUUGCAAUAUUUUUACCUGAAACACGAACAAAAUUAGCUUUACCAGAAACAAUAAAACAAGCAGAAAAAGCUGAUGAUGAUAUUACAAUACAUCGAGAAACAUUAAGUGAAAUACAACCAGAAAUAAUAAUAACUCAUAGUGAAAGAUUAUCUACAUGUUAUGAAGAAGAAGAUAAUGAUACACAUGGAGAAGAUGCAUCAUCUUCAGAACAUAUGAAAUCAGAAGAAGAACUAACAUUAACGAAUAUUAAACAAAAAGAUAAUAUUGAAAGUGAAGAAAACAAAAAAUAA